UGCGACCUCUGUGUCCCACAGACCGAUAUAUCGGCCAAACUCAUUUUGGCUUUUUGAUUAUUUAUUUAAAAAUAAAUGUGAAACUAACGAAACAUUCGAAGCUCACUAGAAACAGGUACAGGUCUAGUACAAACGAUAGAAUCAGUUCAUUUUGCGACAAGCAAUUACCUGUCGGCUAUCUACAUACGAAAGGUCCUCGACUAAUGUAGCUGCUCUUUUUCAAAUCUCACUUUACCUCAGCCUUUGCAUUUCCAGAAACAUUCUUCACUCACUGUCUCAGCGAGUCGAAAUUUUGAUUAUAAAGAGAAAAAAAAGGACAUGUGGUUCAUCUCCAUCAUAAUCAAAUUACGAGAGAAACUGAAAAGUACAGAGCACAAUUACAGGAGGAUUUGCGAUGAUUUUGAAAAAAGCCAGCGGUUGUUGACGAUGUCUGCAACUCGAGAACUUAAUUUGCAGCACUCCCUCUCUAUUUUACAAUUUACAGACGACACAAACACUUUUAAAUUGCAGUUCCUCCACCAGCUAGACUCCCUGAAAAGGCAUGUGGCGAUGCUCGAAGCUAAAUAUGAUGAGCUAGUGCGAGAGAACAGACAGCUAAUGCAACACUUACAAGGUUACAGAGAAUUUAAUCAACGAAGAAGAGUACUCAAUAUGAAAUCCAGACAUACCAAGUAAAUAUUGGUUGGUGGGACAGGUGGGAGAACGUUAAACUUAAAGAUUUGACUCUAGCUGACAGUAAAAAAGAUUUGAAAUACACUCAGAAUCAUCUAGAGUGUCAAAUUGACUUCUCAUUCGAGCCAGAUAAGCUUGAACUUCCCUCAGGAAGAUAAUGAAACAAUGAGGAUCGAUUAUCGUUAACCCCCCAAACAUAGAUUUCCUGGGAAUUAAGUGACUAAAGAAAUACAGUACAAAAAGUGAAUCUUUAUCCCAUGUAAAUGGACACUUGUCCAUAAUAAUUGUUUUUCUCUAUGUUGAUGUAAAAAGAUUUCCCUCUCCACUUUUUUACCAACAGAAAAGAGGCUAUAAGAGGACUUUUCCCAAUAAUUUGUAAAUAAAACUGUCUGACACUCCAAUUUUUUUAUCACUUCAUUAUCCAGAUGAAGACAAAGACAAUGAAAAUUUUCUAAACAAUUUAAUUGAUUGUUGAAUUGAUUAAUAAGUUGAGCCUCAUUAUUUUAGAAUACUUUCAAUCACUGUCGGAGAUUACAAGUACAGGCGUAAAAAUAUAAGAAACAAGCGGAUUGCCACUUGGUCUUGCAGAGUGCAACAAUAUCCAUGAAAUUUGAAGCCCCAAUGGUCCAAAGGUCCAUUAACAACGAAGCCACAUAUUACUUUGCCCACAUAAUCUAAAAAAUAUUUUUAUUAUCAUCAGGACCAUUCCACAAGCAAACGACAGAAAAUUAAAUCUUUUCGUCAUUAUUUAAUAAAUUCAGUAAAAUUGUGAAUGCCAGGGCAAACAAUGAUGAAUAAACAAAAAUCAAUGCAACGUGACUUAACGAUUUUUUCAGGCUUCAUUUUUCAUAUUUACCAUUUUCAUUUUCUGUAUAAUUAUUUAUAAUUUACCAUGAUUGAUCAAUAGAAUUAAUAUACAAUAUAUUUUAAAGUUAUAAUUAUUAUUACACAUUACAAUCUGACGAAGAAAAUAUAUAGUAUUUAAUUAUAGCAGCAGGAAUGGCCCCUACUAUCUUACAAGAAUGUUUUAUGUCCUCUUUUUUUUUUGUAAUUUGCGUGCCAAAAUGUCUUCAUUAUUAAUGCUGAAUUUUAAUUUUUUAUCAACUUGUCGAUUCGAUCCAUAACCUAUUUAAACAUACACAUUGAAUCGUAGUAGUUCAUUCAUCAUUUACCAGUUAUCAUCAAAUUAU